CGCCCGACCCGCCGCCAUGGCCGCGCUGGCCCUGCUGAUUGCCGGCCUCUGCUGCCUGACACCGAGCUGGGCGCUGCGCCUGGUGGCCGCCAACAUCCCCGUGUACAAGCAGGUGGGCGAGAGCACCACGCUGCUGUGUGACUACGACCUGGAAGGGCCAGGGCCUGUACUCUGUCAAGUGGUACAAAGACAACGUCGAGUUCUACCGCUACAUGCCGCGCAGUCAACCGGCGCGGCUCGUCUACUCCGACAUGCCCGGCAUAGACGUGGACCUGCACGGUUCUGACGACAUCAGCGUGCGGCUGAGGCAGCUCAACAUGCACAGCACGGGCAGCUACCGGUGCGAGGUGUCGGCCGAGGCGCCCAACUUCGACACCGUCAGCCGCGACGGCAUCAUGGUGGUGGUCGUGUUGCCGGAGGAUGACCCGGUCAUCAGCGGCCAGGAUGAAGUGUACGGGCCCGGCAGCUGGGUCAGCCUCAACUGCACCUCAGAACGCUCAAAGCCGGCCGCCCAGCUCAUGUGGUUCGUCAACGAGAAGCGG